AUGGGACACUACGUAACGCUUGCCACUUGUAACCUCAACCAAUGGGCCCUAGACUUUGAAGGAAACAGAGACAGAAUCCUUGCUAGUAUAAUCGAAGCCAAAAAACAAGGUGCCAAACUUCGAGUUGGGCCUGAGCUCGAGAUUUGCGGGUAUGGCUGUUUAGAUCACUUUGACGAAAAUGACUUGUACGAGCACAGUUGGGAGGUGUAUGCUGAAAUUAUAUCAAACCCAGAAACACACGGGAUUUUGUUAGACAUUGGUAUACCCAUAAUCCACAAAACCAUAAAGUACAAUUGUCGUAUCAUCUCCUACAAUGGCAAAAUCUUGUUAAUCAGACCCAAGUUAUUUCUCGCAAAUAAUGGAAACUACAGAGAAAUGAGAUACUUUACCCCUUGGAAUCGCCCAAAAUACUAUGAGGAGCACUACCUCCCUCGAAACAUUGCCAAAGCAACUUGCCAAUCAAAGGUUACGUUUGGUGACUGUGUGAUUGAAACUAUGGAUACCAAACUUGGAUGUGAAACAUGCGAAGAACUCUUCACUCCAGAAUCCCCACAUAUUGCCAUGAGUUUGGAUGGGGUAGAGAUAUUCACAAACUCCAGUGGUUCCCACCAUGAGUUGAGAAAGUUGGAUACUCGUAUGCAUUUAAUCACAAAUGCCACUAAAAAGUGUGGUGGAGUCUACUUGUAUGCAAAUCAAAGGGGAUGUGAUGGGGACAGAUUGUAUUAUGACGGGUGUGCCUGUAUCGUGGUCAAUGGUCAACUACUUGCUCAAGGAUCUCAAUUCUCCUUAAACGAUGUGGAGGUGAUUAGUGCAACCAUUGAUCUUGAUGAUGUUCGAUCGUACAGAAAUCAAAAAUCUGCAGGGAUGCAAGCCGUCGACCAAGAGAAGCCAUACAAGGCUGUUUAUGCUGAUAUAGAGCUUUCCCCAAGUGAGAAUGUUUAUGAUCCAAAUGUUUCCCCCACAAGGCCACAAAAGAUAAAAUAUCACUCACCAGAAGAGGAAAUUGCUUACGGGCCCGCGUGCUGGCUUUGGGAUUAUUUGAGAAGAUCAAAAUGUGGAGGAUAUUUCCUUCCGUUGAGUGGGGGGAUCGACUCUUGUGCAACAGCCGUGAUUGUCCAUCUGAUGUGUCGAUUGGUGGUGAAGUCAAACAACGAGCAAGUCCUAGCAGAUGCUAGAGCUCUUACCCGCGAUUCAAGUUUUACUCCAAAAACUCCUCAAGAGUUGGCCAAGAAAAUCUUUUGCACCUCAUUUAUGGGUACAAAAAACUCAUCAUCAGAGACUAGAUCAAGAGCAAAAGAGUUGGCAGAGAAGAUUGGUUCAUACCAUGUGGACUUAAAUAUGGAUAAUCUCGUCUCUGCAGUUGUUUCAUUAUUUGAAGUAGCAACUGGUAAAAAGCCCAUGUUUAAAAUAUUCGGGGGCUCACAGACAGAAAACUUGGCUUUGCAAAACAUUCAAGCAAGAUUGCGUAUGGUUUUGAGUUACUUGUUUGCACAGUUGUUGCCAUGGACACGUGGUCUUUCAGUUCCUGGUUUAUUAGUAUUGGGUAGUGCCAAUGUUGACGAAUGCCUUCGUGGAUACUUGACAAAGUAUGACUGCUCAUCGGCCGAUGUCAACCCUAUUGGUGGAAUUUCCAAAACGGACUUAAAAAGGUUCAUUGCAUGGGCUGAGAAAGAGUUUGAUUUGCCUAUUUUACAUGAGUUUAUAACUGCUACGCCUACUGCAGAAUUAGAACCAAUUACCAAAGAUUACGUUCAAAGUGAUGAGGUUGAUAUGGGCAUGACCUACGACGAGUUGUCUCGCUUUGGUACUUUGAGAAAGGUUGAUAAAUGUGGGCCAUUAGCGAUGUUUAUAAAAUUGUACCACGAAUGGUCUCAACCGCCAUACAACUUGACAGCCGAACAAGUAGCAGAGAAAGUGAAGAGGUUUUGGUUCUUUUAUGCUAUCAAUAGACACAAAAUGACAACCAUGACACCAGCAUAUCAUGCCGAGCAAUAUUCUCCCGAUGACAAUAGAUUCGACUUGAGACCAUUUUUAAUCAAUCCAAGAUUCCCAUAUGCAAGUAAAAAGAUUGAUGAAGUAGUUGAGCAGAUCAACAACAGGCGCGAAGAAGUUAAACUUAGCAAUAUUAGUGUAGAUUAA